AUGUCGAAAUUGCGCGCGAAUGAGAGUUGCGAGGCUCUUGGGAGUUGUGAAAAUCCGGCGUAUCGUGACGGCCACGUCAUGAAAUAUGUCGUUGUUACUGGAGGAACUCUCUCUGGCUUGGGAAAGGGAACAACAAUCAGCAGUAUUGGUGUUGUCUUAAAAACAAUGGGACUGCGAGUGACCUCGAUUAAAAUUGAUCCAUACUUGAAUGUGGAUGCGGGAACAAUGUCGCCCUAUGAACAUGGGGAGGUUUAUGUUCUUGAGGAUGGUGGAGAAGUAGAUCUUGAUUUGGGAAAUUAUGAGCGUUUUCUAAAUAUUACUUUGACGAAAGAUCACAAUAUCACUUCAGGAAAAAUCUAUGAAAAAGUAAUCAGACGGGAACGCAAGGGAGAAUAUCUUGGAAAAACGGUUCAAGUUGUUCCGCACGUAACGAAUGCCAUUCAGAACUGGAUCAAGUCUGUCGCGUUUCGGAGUGUCGAUAAAUGUUCCGGCGCACCAGAUAUCUGUUUAAUCGAAGUUGGUGGGACCGUUGGCGACAUUGAGAGCGCCGUUUAUCUUGAAGCGCUUCAACAAUUCUUUUGCAAAGCUGGGGAGGAUAAUUUUUGUCUGUGCCACGUGUCGUACGUUCCUAUCGUCUGUGGCGAGCCCAAAACAAAGCCCACUCAGCAUUCGGUGAAAGAGCUUCGACAAGCAGGCCUUCGACCAGAUUUUCUUUUCUGCCGUUCUGAGCUUCCAAUCAAUGAAUCAGCCCGCGCAAAGAUUGCGCUUUUCAGCCAAGUGCCUCAUUCUCACGUCAUCUCUGUUCAUAACGUCUCGAAUGUGUAUCGCGUCCCGAUGCUUAUUGAAGAACAAAGUUUUGGAGAACUUGUUUGUAGGGUACGCAAACUUGGUCUAGUUGCGCCUUCUCCCUCACCAGAGUCGCCGCCUGCGUCUCUUCAAGAUCCAACGUUCAGCAUGUCAAGAUGGGAAUCCUUAGCUGAUAAAGCGGAUAGCGCCAGUAAUCCAGUUCGAAUUGGGAUUGUUGGAAAAUACACUGGUUUCGGCGAUUCUUAUCUAUCUGUUGUCAAAGCGUUGCAUCACGCUGCAGUUGAGGCAGAUCUCAAGCUUGAUAUUGUUUGGAUUGAAUCAACAGACUUGGAACAACAAAACACGAAAACGACUCCAGCCAUGUAUAGAGAGGCGGUUGCCAAACUCGAAUCAGUUGAUGGAGUCUUAUGCCCUGGUGGAUUUGGCGAUCGCGGUAUUUGCGGACUGGAAGCUGCAGCAGAAUAUUGUCGAACGCAUUCUGUUCCAUUUUUUGGAAUUUGUCUUGGAAUGCAAAUAGCGAUCAUUGAAUUUUGUCGCAAUGUUCUUGGAUUGGAAGAUGCAAACAGCGAAGAAUUUGAUCCGCAUUCUCAACAUAAAGUUGUUGUCUUCAUGCCAGAGGUGAACGCUGAUAUUAUGGGAGGCACAAUGAGACUCGGCAAUCGAGCGACGAUUAUUCGUGAUAAGAAGAGCGUUGCUUACAAGUUGUAUGAUCAACAGCCAGUCAUCUAUGAGCGUCAUCGUCAUCGUUAUGAAGUAAAUCUUGAUUUCGUUCCAGCGAUCGAAGCUCAUGGAUUAAAAUUCACUGGCCAAGAUGAACGAGGGCAAAGAAUGGAAAUCGCUGAAUUGCAAGGCCAUCCGUUUUACUUCGCUGUUCAAUACCAUCCAGAAUUCACAUCACGUCCCAUCAAGCCCAAUCCAUGUUUUUUGGGGUUCAUUCUUGCUGCUAAGAGCAGACUUAGUGCUCGAUUUGAAGAACAUUCUGGUCGGUUACGAGCGGGUUCAACUUAUUUGGAAAAGCCACUCAAUGAUGAAAACAGUCACGUGGAAGCAACCAAGUGA